AUGCAUUCUGUCGAAAGCUCAGAGGCGACUUCGAGUAGACCCUCAUUCUCACCGGAGCUGGCGCUUUCAGAGAAAGCGUUGACGGAUCCAGGGAGUUCUACCGAGACAUCUGGCAGAGAUGCACAACACGAGGCAGCGGAGUCAGAUCAUGACAGCAACAACAACUUUCAGCUGGCGAUACUCACGCUAGGACUGUGUCUGUGUGCCCUGAUCGUCUCAUUAGAUACCAGCAUCCUGGCUACCGCAAUCCCCCAAAUCACAGCCACCUUCCAUUCUCUCGACGAUGUCGGCUGGUACGGCUCGUCGUAUCUGCUGACGCAGACCGCGGUGCAGCCCAGCUUCGGGAUGCUCUACAACUACUUCGACACCAAAUGGACUUUUCUCUGCGGGAUUCUGGUUUUCGAGCUCGGCUCCGUGCUCUGUGCUGUGGCCGUUUCUUCCAUCAUGCUGAUCGUCGGUCGAGCCCUCGCGGGCGUCGGCGCUGCGGCGCUGUUCUCGGGCGACAUGAACAUUAUAGCCAUGUCGGUCCCGUUGAGGAGACGCGCGCCCUAUAUUGCCUUGUUGUCCAGCAUGCUGGGCGUCUCGAACGUCGCGGGCCCGCCUUUGGGGGGUGUUCUUACUGAUCGACUUGGCUGGCGGUGGUGUUUCUGGAUCAACCUGCCCUGCGGAGGUGUCGCAUUCGGGAUUGUCCUGAUCUUCAAGAACAGAGCAGCUCCGUUAUCCGGAAUGAGCCUGAAAGAACGUCUGGCUGCUUUGGAUCCGCUAGGCGGAAUCCUCCUUCUGGCUGGUAUCACCACGUUUCUGCUAGGCAUCGAAUGGGGCGGAACGACGUACGCCUGGUCUGAUGCCAGGGUCUGGGGGUGCAUCCUGGCAUCAGGCCUGAUUACGAUUCUCUUCUGCGUCAGUCAAUGGAAACGCGGUGACAGGGCAACCAUCCCAUCUAAACUAUUCUUCAAGCAGAGGACGAUUCUCGGCUCGUCGCUCUUCUCUUGCUUCCUGUCGAUGGGGUUUUAUGUCCACGUCUACUAUCUCCCGAUCUACUUCCAGGCCGUCAAAGGGUCCACUCCUGAGCAAUCCGGCCUGGACAUUAUCCCCUGUCAGAUCAGCAACACAGCUGCCUCACUGGCAGUGAGUGUCUUUGUCGGAAUUCUGGGAUGUGCGGCCACCUUGAUAGGGUAUCAGAUUGUUGCUGGAGCGGGACUGGGGGCAUCCGUGCAAAUUCCUUAUAUCGCUGCUCAAGUCGUCUCGAGCAGGAAGGACAUGUCGUCCGCAAACGCCAUCAUGAUCUUCUCCCACUCCAUCGGCGGCACAAUCGGCCUAGCCAUCGGGCAAAACAUCUUCCUGAGCACCCUGAACAGCAUCCUCCCUCUGGACGCACCUCUCGUCAACGCAAGCGCCGUCACCGCAGCCGGACCGACGAAUCUGCGCAGCAUCACGCCGCCAGAGCAGCUGGCCGGGGUGCUGGAAGCGUACAACGUGUCGAUCGCCAAGGCGUUCAUUUCGUCCAUCGCGACGGCCUCGGUGGGGUUUCUCUUUUCGCUUCUGAUGGAGUGGAGGAGUGUCAAGGGGGUUGAUAUGCUGACCGGGGGGAUACAUGACUCGGCGGAGUGA